AUGCCUCGGUUCUUCCUCUUCUGCUUGGUGUCCAGCCAGCUGGCCGCGACCGCGGUCAUGGCACGCCCGUUCGCCACCAUCCUCCUGCUGGACGGCGGCGCGAUGAGCAGCGUAGCCGUAGCAGAGGGUCCUUACUCCGCUCCUGCCGUCGCCCUGCACGCGCACUCCCUGCUGGAGGAGUCCAGGUUCGCCGGAUCGCCGCUGAGCUCGCACCACGGCGGCCACAGACCCUUCGACCGGACGUUCGCCGGCGGCAAGAUCAUAGUGGCGGGGCUCGCCGCGGCCAUCGUCGUUGCCAUCUUCUGCUACAUCCGCAUCACCAGGAAGAAGAAUGUCGUGGAGCCAAAAGUCUGA